AUUGCCUUCUUUUCUAACUUGCCACCUCAAUUUUAUUAUCUCAAAUUAAUAUGAGUGGGAGUUAUGAAUUGAGGUUAGAAAUUGAAGCUUGAAAUAAAAAUAAAUUAUUAUUAGACCAUGAAUAGCCUAUACUCUGAAUGAAAAAGGAAUCAUAAUGGCCCUUCUCGGCGCUCAACUUGUUAUUACACUGAUAAUGGUGUCAGUGAUUCAAAAAUUAGGAGACUACUCGUUUGCAAGGUGGCUAUUAUGUUCACAAGGUUUAUACAGAUACCUGUAUCCAGAUAAUAGUGAAUUGAAAGCUUUGGCAGGAGUGCCAAAAGAUAGGGCAAAGGGAAAGAAAGGGGGUAAGAAUGAUUCUAAUGGGAAGCCAGAGACGUUUCAUGUGCCCCGUAGCCUUGAUAUACAUUUGGAAACGGCGCCGGUGACUCCACUAGAUGUGGUACAUUUAAGAUUUUAUACAGAAUAUUUGUGGAUUGUAGAUUUUUCUUUAUAUACAAGUAUAGUGUAUAUUAUGUCAGAGGUGUACACAUCAAUAUUUCCAUUGAAAGAUGAAUUUAACUUGAGUAUGGUGUGGUGUUUCUUAGUGGUAUUGUUUUCACUAAAAAUUUUAUUAUCACUGACAAAACAGUACUUCACAAGUGAUGAAUCGAUUGGUGAGAGAUCGACAUGCAUUGUGGCAUUUUGCAUUUUUCUACUGAUUGCUAUGAUGGUGUUGAUUGUUGAUGACACUAAUCUGGAAGUCGGGGUGGAUCCUGCAUAUGACAGUUUCUAUGAAAAUGCAUCGAAAUUCUUGGAGAACCAAGGAUUGUCUUCUGUAGGUCCUGCAUCCAAGUUGAUAUUAAAAUUCUUCCUAGCCAUCUGGGCAGCCAUUAUUGGUACACUUUUUACUUUCCCAGGUCUAAGGGUAGCGAGAAUGCAUUGGGAUUCUUUAAGAUACUACGGUGAAAAUAAAAUAAAAGGGCUACUGCUAAAUGCAAACUUUGCAAUGCCGUUUGUGCUGGUAUUGCUCUGGGUGCGUCCAAUCACCAGACACUACCUUACUGUUCGAGUGUUCAGCGGGAUGGAGAAACCUCUCAUGUCAUCAGACGCGUUCGACACGCUGCGACUGGUGCUGGUUGUGGGGACAGUGGUGCUGCGGCUGGCGCUGAUGCCGCGGCAGCUGCAGGCCUACCUCGACAUGGCGCAGCGCCGGCUCGACCUGCAGAAGAAGGAGGCCGGCCGGAUCACGAACAUUGAUUUGCAGAAGAAGAUCGCGUCAGUAUUCUAUUACCUGUGCGUCGUAGCGCUCCAAUACAUAUGUCCAAUUGUGAUGUGUCUAUACCUGGCGCUCAUGUACAAGACUCUCGGAGGCUACUCCUGGUCAGCGCUGUUCUACGAAAGCCAGGAGGUCUGCACCAUGGAAGACAAGGUGUCUCCCACUGCUGGAGAAGCCCACACAGAGGGUGUGGAGCAAUAUCAACUGGCUUGGGAGAAUUUGAAAAUGGUGUUCACCCAGGAGGUGUACCGGGGAACUUUCGGGUUCGCGACGUGGUGGUGCUGCUUCGCGUGGUUCAUCACCACGUCGGUGGGGCUCGGCUACCAGACGUACUUUAGAAUCUCGUGAUGCCAUACCCUAGUCCUGUAUCAAUUAAGCCCCUAUGUUUGUACUUUAUCCAUUUUAUUAUUACGUAUUUGCCAAAAAACUGGAUUUUACCCUCAUAUGAUUUUUGAUGUCUCUUAUAAAAAGUUAUAAGGAGAGGAGGAUAAAAAGAGAUGGGUAGACUAUUUUUUUUGAUGGGUGAAAAUGGUAUGGUAACCCCGCCUGCGCUAACGGGAUACGCUGGCGGAGCACCAGUGAAGGGUGAUAGAUGAGAAUGAAAACAGGCCAGUUAGCCCCCUCCCCUGAUGAUAUUUUUAAUGGGUGAUAAUGGAAUAGUAACCCCGCCCGCGCUAUCGAUAUACACUGGCGGAGCACCAGUGGGGGAUGAUAGGUAACGAUGAAAGCAGGUCAGUUAGUCCAACGACAAUGGUUUCCAGGGGGAACCGCAUGGAGGUCAACCUGAUAGGGUGUAUUGCUAGCAAUGGGUCAGUUAGACCUCAUUACUAGCAAUCCCCCCCCCCCCCCCCCUUCAUGAUUAUUAGGAUAGAGAAAGAUAUAAAAAGAGAUGAAUGAAUUGUGUGAACGAUAUAAACAGAAAGGAAGUGAAGUAUUGACUUUAAAAAGAGAUGAAUAGACAAGAAAAAAAUAUAUAAUUAUCUUGAUUUCAAAUGAUAUGGGUUAACAGCAGGAAAAUGAUGUGUUUUUACUAGAUAUUUAAUAUAAUAAAGUGAUGUUAUAAAGAAAAAAAAAUGUCUAGGAAUUUAAUAAAAAAAAUGUGGAUUUAAAUGUCUAUGGUCUAUCUCUUUUUUUUUUUUAUGUCAUCUAUAUGAUAAUAAAAUGGAUAAUGUAUAUUGCUUCGUAAGAUUUCGAUGUACCUAUAGGUAUUUGGAUAUUUGUGUCAUCUUUAUACAAGUCAAUAGGAAACAAGUAAUACUCCUUUACCCUUAAAUACCUGAAGUUUCAAAUUUGAUAUAAGAUGAAACAAUGCAAACCGCAUUGUUUCAUCUUAUAUAUAAAAUUCUCGUAUCGCGAUGUUUGUUACCAAACUUCUCCGAAACGGCUUUGCCGAUUUUUAUGAAAUUUUGUGUGCAUAAUGGGUAGGUCUGAGAAUCGGCCAUCUAUUUUUCAUACCCCUCAAUGAUAAGGGUGACCCACACUUAAUUUCUUUUUUAUUUUUUGACAUUUUUUUUAUGCUUUAUCAUUGAAAAAUACAUACAACUUCAAAUUUUCGUGAUUUUUAUGUUACGUAAUAGGGUUGCAAGAUGGCAAUCGAAAAUAAUAAUUGUAGUACGAUGAAUUUUCAUGUAUAAUUCUAGAAAUAAUGUAUAUGGUAAAACAACGUUUACCGAGUCAGCUAGUUGUUAAAUAAAUUUGAAUAUUUUGAUUACCAUAAUGCCUAAAGUAUCAAAAAUGAUACUAAAUGUUUUUUCAAAAUAAAUAUAUAAAAAUAUCAUUUUGACCUUUUUUACUAUUUUUCCUUAUUAGUAAACGCAGUAAAUACACUUAUAUAUUUUUUUAUUUGAUUUAAAUAAAUCAGGCUUUUAAGGGUUAAUAAUAUUGUGUAUAUUUCACAAAUGUGGUAGUGAGUCUGUUUGUUACUUUAUAACGUUUUAACGGCUUAACUAAUCACUAUGAAAUGUCUUAUACACAUACUGUAUGGUAUGGAGAAGAAUGUUAUUAUCUCGUUCAAUAAAUAUGUCUCAGUCAUGCGGACGAAGUAGCGAGUAAAAGCUUGUUUUAAAUAAAACGGACGUGACGUAAAAUAUUUUAAAUUUUUUACUUAAACUUGCGCUAUUGACUUGUAAUAAGAGAUUGUAAAGACUUCCCUCCUUGUAGUAUUUCUUUUGUAUGUACGUAUUUUAUAAUUUUGUACAAAUCAAUUCUGUUUAGUUACCCGAUUAUAGGUAUCUAUAAUAGGCACGGAUCCAGCCCUCAGUAGAUUGUGGUCGCAGCCUCCAAAAAUCGGCCAAGUGCGAGUCGCUCAUGAUCGAUUUAUUUAUUUAUUUAUCGAAUAUAUUUAAAUUUAAGGAAUUGUUUGUUCUUCUACCUAUUUAGUAAUUUUAUAUUACAUUUAAUUUACAUAUUGUUACGAUUCACCUUUAUAACUUUUAAAAGAAUUGUUCUGGAAGUAUCAAAACGCAUAGACUAUAAAUGUAAAUCGUUUGAGUUUCUGAUUUUGGAAAGGGCAUUGACCUUGAACCGCGAGUAUACCUACUUACUAUAUCUAUAGAUAGUAUAGAUGCAUUGCUAUACGUUUUUAAGCAUUUUAUAAAUAAUUUAAUUGAGUAUAAAGAUCGACUAACUUUUUAGUACCUACUCAUCCAGAAUCGUCAAGAACUUUCUGGAUUAUAGCUCGCUGGAUAUAUCCAGAAGCAAAAAAGAUAUAUAUAUAUAUAUAUAUAUAUAUAAUUAUUUUUCGCUUAACAUAUAUAAUAAUUGCCAUCGCUUGUAUACCAAAAUUGUCGUUUGAUCGUAUGUUACUCAUCUUUAUACUCGCAGAGCCAGAAUCCAGAAAGUUCUUGUCGAUUCGAUAUGAAUCAUAUAGUAGAUACAUAGAUUCUUCAUUCGAUUUAUCGGUCUUUUUACUGCAAUCGAUUGUUUACUAAAUGCAUAAAAGAAUCGUUGACAAGUAGCUACACAUAUAUGAAUAGCAGAUCUCCAGCAGAUUCAAGGUUGAUGCACUUUCAAGAACCUGACUAUUAUUCUUGACUGUUUUUUUUUAUAAAUAGAGAGAACACUUCUAUUUGGUCUAUGCAUUUUUAAAAGAAGCUUCCAGAGAAAUCCUUUUAGAAGUUAUGAAUGUGCAUCGUAACAAUAUCUAUCAUGACUCAUGAUACACGUGUUAAUUUUACCUGAAUUUUUUUACCUAAAAUUAAGGAAAGAUCUUAAUAACCUGUUUCUAAUUACAUUAGAUGGAUAUACAAAAUUAAAUAUGUUAUAGUUUUGUGGUUAUUUCUACAAAGAAAUUUGAAAAAUAAAAUAAAUAAUUGACUGGCCAAAAAGUAGCUUUAGUUAAAGAACACGUUUAAUUAUUUUAAUGCCUGUUUGUUGUUUUUGGUUAUAAGUAAUUGUAAAAAUCAUCGUUUCAUUUUUAAUGGAUGAUAAUAGAAUGGUAACCCCAUCUGUACCAUUGUUUAUAUCCUAGCAGAGCGUCAGUAUGUUAGGUGAGGAUGUAAGUAGGUUUUUAGCCCAUUGUGAUGUAUUCAUCAAGAAUUAUUACAUACAAUGAUUUGUAUGCUUGUACAUUCAAAUUUUAUGAUAAGACAACUCACGCUGCCGGUCGUGUAUGGCCAUAAUUGUCUGAUAUCAUAUGAACUGUUGUAUUUAUUAUGGAUUGUUUACAAUAAAAAUAUAUUUAAAAAGCUUUUAUUAUUUCUGUAUCCUAAAAGAUAGGAAGUACCUAUAUGCAAGUACCUAGUAUAAAUUUUCAAUUAAAGUGUGCUGUUAUAAUUUAGUACCAUGGAGUCCUGGAGAAAGCGUAGCGGUUUUUUGUAUUAAUUGCCGCAUGCAUUCUUAUGUAAAAUGUGAAUACUAUAACUAUCAGAUGGCAAUUGUGAGUAGCUUUGACGUGGUCUAGUGUUUUGAGUAGUCAUGCU